UUUGGUACCCUCUUCCUAUCAGAAAAUAUAGCCUAAAUAGAAAAACCACAAAACUAACCACGUAUCAGUGGAAACCCUGUAUCAGCAGAACAGUACUAUCAUGACAGGCGUUCCAAGAGCUGACAUUUUCGCCCGACGAUGGUAUUUCACUCAGUCGAUGGUGUACCUCCAGCGAGGCAAGGCCCCCCAACCAUAUCGAAAUAUUUGCAGAGAUAAGAUGGGCCGGAGUCACCUUCAAACGGAUCAGCUGCUCUUCGAGGAGAAGCCACUCCAUGUGCCGGCCCUCUCGGAACUGCAAAGAGUUAUACAGGGUGCUUUGGGUGAGAACUUCCGAGCAGUUGAUGUCAGCGUGGGACCCUGCCCCGAUCUAAAGGACUCCCAGUUCGGCCUGGUGGAGAGUGGUCUGGGUGGUAAGCCCACUCUACUGGAGGCAGGUGGUCCACCCUACUUGCGACCCUUGGUCCAGCGUGAUAAGCUCUAUAACCUUAAGGAGAUUACCCGCCAGGCUCAAGGUCCCGGCAGGAUUUUUGCUGUGGGACCCGGAGCGGGUCCUUGGCCCAUUCGCCACUCCAACUGCGAGGGCAUCUUUAAUUUUUCCCUAAACGAGAAGAACGAACUUACGCAGGGCAGCUACACAGCCACUGUGAGGGGAGAAAGUGAGGAAUGUGUUCUGGAGAGGAUUCCCCAGGACGAACCCCGUUGCGCCCUUAUCCUAAAUCUCUUUCUCAGCGAGGGAAAGCCGGGCGAAGUGCUCAAAAUAUCCGCAAAACAGAGAACUGGCAAGGAGAACUUUGUGGAAUGCAUGCGAAAAGGUCUGGAGAAGCACUACGGCGACGAGGUGGUGGGUCUGGGCGGGAUCUUUGUGGUCAGGAAGGGCUGCGUGCACCAGCACGUGAUGCGGGACUUCAGCAAGACGCCGAUUCACACCCACGAGCAGAUCCAGAACUGGCUCAAGUUCUACGAGAUGCCCGCCCAGCUGAAUGCUGUGGGCACUCUGGUGACCAAGGACAUGGGCCUGGACCUCAGGCUGCAGCACUUCCACUCCUUCUCCUUCGAGAACUGGGGCGGCCACUACCACUACGACACCACCCCUGACUUGGUGGAGUACGAGGCCUACCUGAACGUGGCCGAAAGAGUGGUCCGCGUGGACAGACCCAUAGUAACCGACCAGUUAGGAAGGGACUGAUCCAUCCAUCAUUCCGACCAAAAAUAAACGUCUUCUGGGAAAAUGGUUUCGGUUUCUGU